AUGCCGUCGCUCGUCAAUGGCUACCAUCCUCCUCACGAGCUCUCAAUUGUCAACGAACAUCGUCAAUUACUACCUGGGCCACAGUUACUGCACGAGCUGAUAGCGACAUCCUCUGAUAAUCUCAUUCUAGACUUUCUACUGGCGGACAAUGGACGUGUUACUCUUACCUACGACGAGUUCCAUCGCCUCACGGACCUCCUGUCUCAGGAUAUCCAAGAGUAUAUCUCGCCCAAAGGGGAUAGAAGAAGCAUAAUUCCUGUCAUCAUCCCUCAGUCUCCAGAAUUAUACGUGGCAUUGGUGGCAGUAUUGAAGUCUGGCUCUGCCUUCUGCCCUGUCAGCCAAGAUGUACCUCCGGAGAGACUGAAAUUUAUUCUCCAAGAUACGCAGUCAACCUUCGUGCUGGCGACCACCACCACAAGGGCUGCUUUUGAGGAUGCACUGUCAACCGUCCAAUGCAAGACUGUAUCUUUGGAAGCACUCGAACGGACAUCGCGUUCGGCGCAGGCGGAGGAUGCCCGUCCUCAAAGCCACGAGUGCAUCACACCCUCCAGUCCAGCGUAUGUCAUGUACACUUCGGGCUCUACAGGACUUCCCAAGGGUGUUGUAGUAUCGCAUUUGUCAGUGUCACAGUCAUUGCUUGCGCAUGACGAGCAUAUCCCUCUCUUUAAACGCUUUUUACAAUUUGCUUCACCAACGUUCGACGUCUCUAUAUUUGAGAUAUUCUUUCCAUUUUUCCGGGGAGCGACACUAGUGGGUUGCGACCGUGAGCGAAUGCUUACUGAUUUACCUGCCACUAUCCAAGUCUUGGAUGCGGACGCUGCGGAACUCACCCCCACCGUCGCGGGGACGUUAUUGAGAACCAGAAAGGCUGCCCCUUGCUUAAAGACGCUACUGACAAUUGGAGAAAUGCUUACAGCUCAAGUCGUUUCCGAAUUCGGAGGAAGCACAGAUAAGGCGAGCAUGCUGUAUGCUAUGUAUGGUCCUACGGAGGCGGCGAUCCAUUGCACUGUGGCACCCCAGCUAGCGGCUGAUGCAUCGGUACGCAGGAUUGGGAGGCCGCUGUCCACGGUCACAGCUUUUAUCCUCAAGGAAGGCGAAGCGCUUGAAAUCGUACCGGUUGGCGAGCCCGGGGAGCUGGCGGUUGCAGGUCAGCUUGCUGAUGGAUACCUGAAUCGGCCGGAGCAGAACCAAGCUGCGUUUGUUGAACUUGAUGGCUACGGGCCAAUCUACAAAACCGGAGAUCGAGCAAUUUGCCGUCCUGAUGGGGAGCUUGAGAUCCUAGGACGCAUGACCUCCGGCCAAGUCAAACUCCGAGGCCAGAGGGUUGAAUUGGGAGAAAUUGAAGAGAUUGCCUCGAAGACUGACGGUGUUCACCUUGCCAUUGCAAGCGUCAUUGACGACGUCCUCGUCCUUUUUUGCGCUGCAGAUCAUAAUGUCAAGGCCUCCAAUGUCUCCGACCAAUGCAAGGCAUGGUUACCACCUUACAUGCGUCCAGGUGAGAUUGUGCUGCUCGACGACAAUGUGCCUCGACUACCUUCUGGGAAGAUUGACCGCAAAGCACUUGAACGAAACUAUCGAGAACGCCGGGUGUCAAUCACCCACGAAACCUCUUUCAAGAACUCGGUAGAGGAGAAUGUAGGCCGAGUAUUGAGCGAUGAGCUGAGAUGCCCAGUUGACAGGCUGACCUCGUUCUGGUCAUUGGGUGUUGACUCUCUCCGAACCAUCAAGAUUGCGUCUCGAUUACGCCAACAGUACAACUGUGUCAACGCCGCGAUGAUCUCAGAAGCCGACAAUGUGGCCACGCUCUCAAGUCUUAUCACCAAGUCAAAAGAUGCAACAAGUGAAAGGACACAGCCUGACUACGCAACUUCAGACGAAUGGAAAGGCAUCACGGCAAAAGUGAUACAUGACCUGAACAACUCGAGCCUCAAACUGCCCUAUGACAAGAUAUUGCCCUGCAGUAACAUGCAGGUUGCAAUGCUAGUUGAAACCGCCGCAAAAGAAGAUCAGAAUUUCAACAGAAUUUGGCUCAAACUCGGGUCGGGUCUGACACUGCGACACUUGCGCCAGGCAUUUCAAAAGCUUUCAAGGAACAAUGAGAUCUUGCGAUCCGGAUUCGUCCCGACCGGGAAACAAGAGAUGCCCUUUGCUCAAGUCGUGUGGCGAGACCUCCCAGACGAACCUGAAUUGAGUAUUUUGCGCCCCUUGAAGCUGGAAAAUGCCGGAACAGAGGAUGAAAGAGAUGUCUUGGUAUGGAUUCACCAUGCGUUGUAUGAUGGAUGGUCUUGGGACUUGAUCCUAGACGAUUUAAAUGUCAUCCUCUCUGGAGAAAACGCGCCCGUCAGGACUCAAUUUUCCGAAUUUCGCUCGAGCGAGCACGAUCGCUUGAGGUCGGAGCAGACAGAAAAUGUCGAGUAUUGGCAAAAUCAACUCCAGGACUUCAAGCCCUCAGCAUUUCCGAUGCUAACACCUGUUCGACUGGAGAGAACACCCAGAAAAACCACAGAGUCGCCACUCGCCAUAACUUAUGAACAGCUCUCUCACUUUGCGUCAAUUGCGUGGUGCAGUCGAGAGACGAUUUUGGAGGCGGCAUGGUCACUUUUGCUCUCAUCGUAUCUCGAUAACGCCGACGUCGCGGUCGGAGUGGUUGUGGCUGGUCGCCAUUUCUCACUGGCAGGGAUCGAAUCCAUCAUUGGGCCGUGUCUCUCGUUAUUCCCUCUCCGCGUGAAUGUCAGUGCUCUAAGGACGGUACAUGAUGUCCUCAAUCACGUCCAAAGGCAACGCAACCAGUUUCUUCGACAUGGGAACAUUACAUUAAGGGACAUCAACAAUGCAGCAGGUCUCCGCCCUGGGGACAGGUUGUUCGAUACGCUGUGUGUUUGGCAACAAGACAGCGAAGUGGAUCAUAGGGAUCGUUCCAAAGUUGCAAGCCUGAGAUCGCAAGAUACCUUGGACUAUGCCAUUGUGCUAGAAUUCGAACCCCGUCAAGGUCAGGUCUAUUUCAAGUUGACGUUCGACACAGACCUUAUUCCAGAAGAUCAAGCAAGGCUUAUAACUCGUCAGUUGGACAACGCUGCCUCUCGAAUCGUGAGCAGCCUUGACCUUAGUCUGAACUGCUUAUGGGAAAGUUUUGACAAGAACACCUUGUCCUCGACCAACACGAGCUUCCGAAAGUUCAGCGAAGACUUUGAUCUGACAACCACCAUCUCACGACUUGCAGAUUCGUGUCCAGGCAGAGCAGCCGUCGAAUUCGUGCAUAGUAUCGACGAGCGUACGAGCCAGGUGACAAAGGAAAUCCUCACAUAUGGAGACCUCCACAAACGCGCCCGGAUUGUUGGCCGGGUGUUACAGACUAAGUACAACGUGCAGAUUGACGAUCUUGUCUGUCUGAUAGGCCCUCGAUCGUCUCAACUCUACAUUGGCAUCCUCGGGACCAUCAUAGCUGGGGGCGCCUAUAUGUGCAUCGACCCGCGAACGCCCGCUGCUCGAAUCCGCCAAAUUUUGAGCGAAGCCAAAUGCAGGCUUACCUUGUUCACAGGGGAUGUGCCUUUAUCGAACGAGAUAGAUGCGCCAACGCCUGUCUCCAUUGCCAGCGUGUUGGAACUGUAUUCCAUGACAAGUAGUGAUAACCACCGGUCUUUGAAAGGUGAUCAAUUAGCAUACGCUGUAUUCACGUCUGGCAGCACUGGUGUUCCGAAGGGCGUCCUCCUCAGCCGUCGAAACUUGCUCAGCAAUCUGGAGGAGUUGUCACGUAUUUACCCCUGCGACCCCGAGACAGAUCGACUGCUUCAAGCCUGCUCACCAGCCUUCGACGUCUCGGUUUUUGAGAUCUUCUGGGCAUGGCACAAAGGUAUAACUUUGUGCACAGCGUCAAACGAUGUGCUGUUUAGAGACCUGGAAUUCUUCAUCAAACAGCUGGAUAUCACGCAUUUGAGCAUGACCCCUUCGGUAGCUGCUCUUGUUCGACCUGACAACGUCCCAAAGGUGAAAUUGCUGGUUACUGCUGGAGAACCUAUGAACUCGAAGGUUUUCUCGGAUUGGGCUGACCGUGGACUGUACCAAGGCUACGGUCCGAGUGAGACGACAAACAUAUGUAACGUCCGGCCCAAGGUCUCGAAAUCCGACCUGCCAAAUAAUGUUGGUCCUCCGUUGCUGAAUACAUCCGUCUUUAUUUGCCAAAGGCAGACCCCGAAGCAGUCCGAUACCACUGAUUCAUCCAGUCACCAGUCCACCCUGCAUUUUCAGCAAGUUAUCAAGGGAGGUGUAGGUGAGAUAUGGAUCGGGGGAGAACAGGUCGGACGCGGAUAUAUCGACCCGGUGUUGACCUCGAAGAGCUUCUUUGAUCAUCCUGAAUAUGGUCGGCUCUACCGCUCAGGCGACAUCGGAAGGCUUCUUUGCGAUGAUUCCUUGGUCGUAUUAGGUCGUGAGGACGACCAGGUCAAGCUCCGGGGACAGAGAAUUGAGCUAGGAGAGGUCAAUUCCGCCUUGGUGAGGUGCAGUCAAGUUGAAGAUGCGGUAUCCCUGGUCGUUACCAGAGGAAACGAAAGUGCGAGUCUGGUUGCUUUCUGGACACCACGCCAAUCCUACAGAUCUGCAGACCCCGACGACCUGAAUGCCACCAUCUUCGAAACGUUGGCAAAUAGCUUGCCAGACUACAUGAUACCUGAUAGCCUCAUCCACCUUGACAAGAUACCUCUGACGCGUCAGGGAAAGAUCAAUCGCUCGGAUUUAAUCACCCACUAUCAAAAUCUCAGCACAGAACAGCUCCAAGCCACGUCUAGAGGCGGUAAGGCGGAAGGUGUUGAUCAACUCUCCGAUUCGGAAAAAAUUCUUGCCCGUGCCGUGGCCGAUGCCCUUGGAGUCAGCCUUGCAAAUAUCAGCCGUACUACCUCUUUCUAUGCCCUUGGUCUGGAUUCGAUCAGCGCAAUACGCGUCUCAAGAGCAUUGCGAGACCAUUAUCCUAUGGUGGAGAUAUCCUCAUUGAUGCAGAACCCAUCCAUCUCACAACUAGGGAGAUACAUUGAGAAACAUGUUCCGAAGCACAAUACGUGCAACGGCAAGAAAAAUAUGGGUCGUCUCACUGAAAAGUGGGAAGAGGAAAUCCGCAGUCUGUAUUCGAGGGCAGGCCUGGAAGUCGAGAAGAUCCUUCCCUGUACCCCUCUACAAGAAUCUAUGGUGAUCAGCUCGAUGAACACUUCUUCUCGAGCCUAUCGGAACACUCUGCGUUUCAACGUCAGUGGCAGCGUCCCGAGGUUACGACAUGCCUGGCGGGACGCAUUAGCAAGACACCAGAUCCUUCGUACAGGCUUUGUUGCAACUGACUCCGCUGAUUUUCCUUUUGUGCAAGCAGUCUUGAAGAAUUUCCAGCUUCCCUGGUUUGAAGAAGAUACCCAACAGUUGAGCUCUGAUUUGGAGGGUCUCAUGGUCCCGCCAUGGAGCCUUGAAGUCAGAGGGAAGACAGAGCUGAUCCUGAGAAUGCAUCACUGUCUAUACGACGCAGAGGCAAUGGCCGUUCUGUUAGACGAGAUUCAAUCCUUGUACCACGGUCACCAACUGGCUCCGACAACCCCCUUCGAUAGCUAUCUGUCGUUCAUGGAGAUGUCGAACACGGAUGACACAUAUGAUUUCUGGCGGAGAAAGCUACAGGGAGCUACAUUAUACAAACUAAGUGAAGCCAUAUUGCCUGAGGACAAGGCUGCUCCUGACACUCAUUUGUUGGUUGAACGGAGGUCUACGAUGUCUGUCUCAGAAGUGCAACGAUGUGCGCGAAAGAUACAUUCGACUCCAUUGGCUCUAUUUCAAGCUCCGUGGGCUCGGCUUCUCUCUUGCCUCUUUGAUAGUCAGGAUAUCUGCUUUGGAAAUGUCCUUAGCGGUCGGAACCUUCCUAUCGACGGCGUGGAGACGAUGGUCGCUCCAUGUUUCAACACAGUUCCAACCAGAGUACAAUUGCGGCCAGACGAAUCGAAUCAAGAAUUGUGCAAGGGCUUUCAGCAGAUAAAUGUCGAGAUUCUACCACAUCAGUCGAGCUCGCUUCGUCGAAUCCAGCGAGCAGUAGACACCCAAGGCAGAACGUUAUUUGAUACACUUCUGCUGCUCCAACAAGACGGACUGCGGCUCGACCAUCUGGUUUGGACUCUGGUUGAGGAAUCAGGGGAUAUGUCUUUCCCUUUCAUACUUGAGAUCACGAUGGAUUCACGGGUUGAUGCCAUCACCCUGAGACUGCACUCUGAAGUAGCUGAGAAGAAGUUACUCGGUCGAUUUCUGGACAUCUACGACGCCCUUCUCAUCCACACGGCCAGAUAUCCGCAGUCAAGAACAUUGGAUCAUUCAUUUAUUGCUGGCAUGUUGCCACGACUACAGGCUUCUACGCCAUUCACUGUUCUUGCCUCCACACCACCCACAGACUCCUUUGAUGCACCGGGGCACAUCAAUGAAACACUGUCUCGAACGGAAACAUUGGUGAGGGACAUACUCGUCCAAUUAAAGCCUGGUUCGCAUGCAAAGAUCUUCAGAGACACGACGGUAUUCAGUCUUGGCUUCGACAGCAUCAAUGCCGUACAGAUUGCAGCACGGCUACGGAAAAGCGGAUUCAACAUAUCGACUGGAGCUAUUUUGGAAGCUGCAAGCCUCGGAAAUAUCGCCAAAAUAUGCGAUUCAGGGGCGCCACGAGACUCCAAGCAUCAGACUUUUGACCUUGAGUCCUACGAAAAGCGUUGUCGCCGAUCUAUCUGUCAGAAUAACGGCCUCGACGAGACUCAUGUCCAGUCCAUAUGGCCCUGCACACCUACUCAAUCAGGGAUUCUUUCGCAGUUCCUCCGAUCGAGUUACACGCUCUAUCUCAAUCACAUGCAUUUCGGCUUGGAUAAAGACGUGGAUGUACCAAGAUUAAAGCAUGCAUGGAGUCUUGCUAUGCAAAGACACGCAAUGCUAAGGACUGGUUUCGCUGAGACCGACGAUCCCCAGACUCCAUUCGUCAUGAUAACCUAUCUACCAGAUGCAGUACAGCUACCUUGGGUUGACGAUUCAGUGCAAAUACCCCAAGAGAGAGGUGAAGCCAAAUCAAGAAACAUGGACAAUCUCACUCAACCACCAUGGCUCAUUCGGGUGACCAAAAAUGGCUCCGCUCUGAACCUUGAACUAUCCAUGCUGCAUGCUCUGUACGAUGCACAUUCUCUAGAUAUCAUAUUGGCCGAUGUUGUACGUGCGUAUGCGGGUUUCGAAUUUCCCGUGGGUGCUUCUCUUGCUCCAGUCGUCUCAAAAAUCUUAGGCUUGAGCAGAGACGAAAGUUCCAAGCCAUUCUGGUUGGAAGUAUCGGCUGAUAUGUGCUCAACUCGCUUUCCAGAGUUGGGGGUCUACAAUCUAGAGGUUGACAACCAUUGCGUCGCGACUCGGCAGUGCAGUCUGUCUCUAAAAACCCUCGAGGAUGCAUGCGCAAAUGCUGGAGCAACAAUGCAAUCUUUGGUUGCUGCAGCUUGGUCUGUAUUACUUUCGGCAUACACUGGCCAGGAUCAUGUCACAUUUGGUGUCAUCCUUUCCGGUCGGGAUUUCGAGGAAGAGGAAAACAAGGCAGCGUUCCCUUGUAUCAACACCGUCCCGUUUGCGAUGAGACUCUCUCAAGACAGGAGUGAUCUUUUACAAUCAGCCGUUAAGCGAUGCGCUGGUGUAUUGAAACACCAGCAUACUCCACUAAGCUCGAUCAAGCGUUGGGUGCAGGCUGAAGGCGAUCUGUUCGAUACUGUGAUCGUUCUGCAAAAAUACGAUGCAGACGACGGCCCAAAGAGGCCGUGGACGCUCGCCAAAGACGAUGCAACUGCAGAAUAUACACUCUCCUUGGAGCUCAUACCCCAAGAGAACGACGUAUUGAAUCUUCAGGCAACUUUCCGUAACCAGGUGAUACCACCGGAUCAAGCCGUGUAUAUCCUUCAAGAAUUCGAAGAACAGAUGAAAGUCCUGCUCGCACAAACGACAUCUAAUUCGACGCUGCCAAAAUCUGUCCUGUCGAUCGUGCCUGCAAAAGAAGAACGGAUUCCGACCACGGUCCGCUACCUGCAUGAAUUUGUGGAGCGGACAGCAAGAGAGAAACCAAACAGUAUUGCCCUAGAAUUUGUGCAAACCAUUCACAGGAACACCCCUAUAAAGCAAACUUGGACUUAUGCCCAGUUGGACUCGAAUGGAAACAAAAUCGCUCGACUGAUCCAGAGCAAAGGGAUAGAAGUUGGAAGUCUCGUGGCUGUUUGUUUUGAUAAAUGUCCCGAAGCCUCCUUUGCAAUAUUGGGGGUUCUCAAAUCCGGAUGCGGUUACAUUGCGAUUGAUCCCGGGGCGCCAACUUCGAGAAAGGAAUUCAUCCUCCGCGAUUCUGACUGUGGAAUUGUCCUCACAAUUGACGAUAAGGUCUCGGAAUUUGACAGCAUUCCAGGCGUUUGUAGUUUCGCCAUUGACAAUGACAGUUGGAAGGAGUUGUCGAGCGAAAAGCCUUCACUCUCGAAGGAACUGCAAGUACAGGACGUCUGCUACUGUCUGUACACCUCGGGAACUACAGGAACACCCAAAGGAUGCUUGAUCAGCCAUGACAGCGCAGUCCAGGCAAUGUUGUCUUUCCAGCGGAUUUUCGAUGGUCGAUGGAAGGAAUCAUCCCGGUGGCUGCAGUUCGCGUCCUUUCAUUUCGACGUCAGUGUGCUUGAACAAUACUGGAGCUGGAGCAUAGGCAUCAUUGUAACUUCGGCACCCCGAGAUCUCUUGUUCGAGGAUCUUCCAGGGACUAUCAACGCCCUCGAGAUAACUCAUCUCGACCUGACCCCCAGUUUGGCAAGGCUACUCACGCCCCAAGAAGUGCCGAAUCUAUGCGAGGGAGUCUUCAUCGUUGGCGGUGAGCAAGUCGGCCAGGAUAUCUUGGAGACCUGGGGCGAUACGGGUUGUCUUUACAAUUUCUAUGGGCCAAGUGAAGUGACGAUCGGUUGCACAGUACACCGGCAAGUACCCAAGACUGCGAAGCCUACCAAUAUUGGUCAACAAUGGGACAACGUAGGCUCUUUCGUUUUAGAGCCCUCAUCGCAGACUCCAGUUCUCCGUGGGGCGAUCGGCGAGCUUUGUUUGUCUGGCCCUCUUGUUGGUAAGGGAUAUCUCAACCGACCCGACCUUACAAAAGAGAAAUUCGUAACGUUGGCUGAAUAUGAUACGAGGGUUUACCGAACUGGUGAUCUCGUCCGUCUCCUGCAUGAUAACAGCUUCGAAUUUCUGGGCAGAAUCGACGAUCAGGUCAAGUUGCGUGGGCAGCGCUUGGAAAUCGGGGAGAUCAAUCAUGUCGCUCUCAGUGCGGAUAGUCGCGUCAAGGACGUUGCUACCAUGGUCUUGAAGCAUCCAACACAACAGAAAGACCAGCUCGUGACUUUCUUCUCUACGGCUCAAAGACGGGCAAAGAACGAGAAACCAUCGAUUGUAACUAACAAGGAGACUCAGGAUCUGGCUACAAAGAUUCGAUUGAACUGCUCUGACAAAUUGCCAGCGUACAUGGUGCCCUCACACAUUCUUGCAGUCUCAUCUCUUCCCUUAUCAGUCAACAAUAAAGUUGAUCAGAAAUCGCUGAAAGCGAUAUAUGAGGAGCAUCUGCCUGGUUCAGCGCAAGACGAAUCCGACAGAAAUGUUUUGACGCAAGAAGGCCUUCAGCAUUACAAUGAGAUGGCCAGUGUGCUAGCAUCUUUCUUGCGAAUCCAAAUAUCAGACAUCAAGCCAAGUUCGAGACUAUUCGAACUCGGGCUGGACUCCAUCUCAGCCAUCGGUCUCGCUAGAGCGCUCAAGCGGCAGGGAUUCCAGAACGCGGAAGUGGGAACGAUCCUGAAGCACUCUGUCGUCCAAGAUCUUGCCCGAGUCAUUACGCGGGAGGCCACUUCACACCAGAACGACAUGGUGGACACUGCUCGCCAGAAAAUCCAAUCAUUCAGUAACGUCCAUACUGGAAAAAUCGCACAAAGCAUGAACGUCUCCCUAGAAAGCAUUGAGUGCAUCGCACCCUGUACGCCACUACAAGAAGGCAUGAUUUCCAGGGUAAUGCAGGCCGACCCUGACGAUACGGUUUAUUUCUCCUGCUUCCUCUUUCAACUCGAUUCGAACACCGAUAUACAGCGACUGAAAAGUGCGUGGGAUGCCUCCCAGCGGUCAAUUUCUAUCCUCAGGACAUUCUUCGUACCAACAGAAGAUGGCUUUGCUCAAGUUGUGCUGCGCGAAACCGACAGCGCGGUGAAGAUCGUCAGCGAGGCCAGAAAUGGCGACGUUCGCAAGUUCGAGAAGUCCUCCUUCAGAGACUGGGUCAGAUCUGCAAGGUCUCUAUCUACGUGUUUGCCCUGGAAAGUUCAAUUGGGAAAGUCCGGAGAUGGCGGCUUCAUGAUACUCCAGAUCUUUCAUGGACUUUAUGAUGGAAGCAGCCUUCCAAUACUGCUCAAGCAAGUCAAGCAGCGGUAUCAGCACCCAGAGGAGACUGGGAAGCCGAAAAUGCAGUUCUAUCAAGCCUUGCCUCAUGGACCACUGUCUCAGCUGCCAGACGAGAAGGAAUUCUGGCUGUCACACCUCCCUCGCAUCCAACCUCACAAGCUGCCAUUGGUCCAUGCCGAGCUUGAGACAGAUACUCAUGCUGUCAUCUUGAGGCAUCAUCUAAGCAUUGACCAUUUGCAAACCUUGUGCAAUGAAUUGAACGUUACAGUCUCGGCCUUUUUCCAGGCUAUGCUACUCUAUGUGAUGCAGAGAGAAUUCAACUCCAGCCCGACAAUAGGUGUGGUAGUCUCAGGCAGAGCCACAGCCACAGAAGAGAUAGAGGAUGUGAUCGGCCCAAUGUUCAAUACCCUGCCAUGUGCCAUCAAUUCUCUCACCAAUGGUGCAUCAGUCUCGGAUCUCGUCCGCGCGUGCCAUCAGUUCAACGUGGAUAUCAUUCCGUAUCAACAUACACCUCUGAGGAAAGUUGUUCACUUCCUUGGACUAAGUGCAAGCCAGACUCUGUUUGACACGUUAUUUGUUUUCCAAAAGACAGUACCGGCUGUCGAGGACCGCGCGUUCUGGCGCGAGAUUCCAACAGACAGCUCGCCAGAUUAUCCGCUGAAUAUCGAGGUCGAGCAGAACGGCUCCGAGUUCGACGUCACCCUAGUCGCGAGGCCGCAAUACAUGGACAAGAAAAGCGCCAGUCGGUUGUUAAACAUGUAUCUUGACGUUGUUCGCAGACCGGAAGAGAUGACCGCAAUCCUACACCCGGACUUUUGCCUAUCACAGGACUCCAGGACCCCGAGUGGGGAUCAUAAAGCGGACUUGACAAUCUCGAAUCAUGUUCAUAAAGACAACGAUACCGCAUUGAACGACACAGAGACAAUUAUUCGCUCGGAAAUGGCCAAGCUCGCCUCUGUGGACGAAAGGAUGAUUCACCGUCACAGGCCAACGAUCUUCGAACUAGGCUUGGACAGUAUAGAAGCAAUGAAGCUAGCAGCUCGCGUCAAGAACAAGGGUCUGAGAGUGGCCGUGAGUACCAUCAUGCGGUCGCCAACCGUCGCAGGGAUUGCUGCGGCGGUUACAUCAAGCAUGGAAACCCAGGCCGAAAGAGCAAGUCGCGAAAGGGCGUCUUUCAUUAAGGAACGCCAGAUCAGCUAUCAACGUAUGCUACAGAGCCACGGUGUCGGACUCGACAACGUACAAGCCAUCUUUCCGGUCACACCGAUGCAGGAAGGCCUACUCCUGGAAUCUGACAAGUAUCUCAAUGUCAUGACUUUCGAAUUAGCUGCAGACAUUGAUCUGAACCGACUGAUAAAAGCGUGGGAAACAGUCGCCCGGACAGAGCCAAUCUUGAGGACACGCUUUGCUGUCGUCGAGUCUCCAGAUAAAAAGACGGCUUUUCUCCAAUAUGUGGUGAAGGAUGGAAGUGAGGUGACGGUCCUUGACACGAAGCUGAACGAUGUGGUCCGAAACCUCAAAACGGUUCCAGAUGAGCAACAACUGGUCGAUCAAAGGACUCGUAUCACUAUUGUCCGCGAUGAAACAGCCGCAUUUCUUGUUCUUGCCAUGCCGCAUGCCUUGUACGACGCCUGGUCAUUGCACUUACUGCACCAGGAGGUGAUUGAGGCCUACCAGUUCCCGCAUAGCAGAGCCCGAGGAGCGGCACUGGAUCAAUAUAGGGAGCACCUCGAGGAGAUCAUCACACAAGGCGAGAGCUCAAAGGCUCGUGAGUUCUGGGAGUCUCAACUGCGGGAUAUCCAACCCACCACUUUACAAGCGGCCCUCGAUGAUCACAGUCACCACGGCUCAGCGUUUUUGUUGCGCAAGCAGUCCACGACCAGCUUAACCAAUGCCCUCGACUUCUGCAGGCAGCAAGGAGUGACGCUCCAGACUUUGGGGCUUGCAUGCUGGACAAUGGCACUUAUUCACUACACUUGCCAGGUGGAUGUAUGCUUCGGGCUUGUUCUUUCCGGGCGCACAACCGAGGGCUCGGAUCAACUGAUCUUUCCAACAUUCAACACUGUCGCCUUCAGACCUCUCAUUCAAGAGAAUAUGACCAAGGCAGAGGCCAUCCGGAGAGUGCACGAUGCAGUCGUGCAGGUCUCGGAAAAUCAGCACUUUCCAUUACGUGAGGCUCUUCGUCUGGCACGAGGACAAGGAGUGAGUGAAGAUUUAUUCGAUACUUUAUUCACCUUUCAAAAACUUCCAACUGUCGAACGUGAGCUUCCAGCAUUGUACAACGAAGUCACGCCCGACGAGACAGCCGUCACGCCGCCAUAUCCUGUCAAUGUUGAAUUGGAAGGCGAUGCAAAGGGUCUGAUCUGGACUGUUGCAUGCCAAGAUGGAGUUUCCAGCCAAGAAAUUGGACAGACGGUGCUGGAAAAACUGGAUACUAUCCUGGCAGCUCUGGUGAGAAAUCCCGACCAAGACCUUCUGGGCAAAGAAGGCGGAAAGGUGUCAAUAUGCGGUCUCCCAGGAGUAGAUCUAAUCCGCAGCAAGGGCGACAGGCCAAGGAAGACGUCUCACAUUGCUCAAGAUCAGCACCAGUCCCAUAGACCCGAAAACUGGAGUUCAACCGAGGCUGCCAUUAGGGAUGUCCUUGCAAAAGUAUCCCACUUGGACAGAGAGUACAUUAAAAAGAAUACGGGCCUGUUCCACCUCGGGCUGGAUAGCGUCAGCGCCAUCAAAGUUGCUACUCUGCUCCGAAAAGAGGGCAUUAGGCUUCCAGUAAGCGCGAUCAUUAGAUCACAGACGGUUGAAAAGAUGGCCGUGGCUGCUGAACAGCUCCAACGCGCAGGUCAGGAGACGGCCCGUGCGCCUAACGGGUUUGCGGAGAGCUCGUUUGUUCCUGAGAACAUCAAGGGGGCCCUCACAAUACCAGAGAAGGAUCUCGAAAUGAUCAUACCAUGUACCGCGGGUCAAACGUACAUGCUUAAUAUGUGGAGAGCAAGCAAUGGGCGCUUGUUCUUCCCAAUUUUCUGGCUGAAAGCGUCCGGUGUUUCGCUGGAGGAUUUGAGGCAGGGAAUGAAAAGGCUUGUUGAUGAAGUUCCGAUACUGAGGACUUUGUUUAUCCACAACAGUGAAGGUGGAUGGCCAGAAACAUUUCAAGUGGUCGUCAAGAGCGAGGCAGUGGAAAAGUAUGGCUUCCCCUGGGCAGUGCGAUUCGACGUCCGAGGAGAUCAUUUACUUGUUACACUUCACAUCCACCACGCCUUGUAUGAUGCUGUGAGUCUCCAGCUGCUGAUCACACGACUCGAGAGAUUGUGUGCUGGUACCGCACAGCCCAAGUUCAACACGGAUAUGAGCACUCUGAUCUCGAACAACCGAGCAUCUCGGUCGAUGGCUCAAGAAUUCUGGACGCGUUAUCUCGGUGAGGGUGAAGGUACACUUCAACCCUUGGGUCGGGGUUCAUUCGCAGCAAGGCGCGUUGAGAGAUUCCAUCCCAAACUAGUGCCGCUCGAGGGAUUGAUCAAGCAGCUAAAGCAUCAUGGCCUUAGCAUUCAAGCACUCUUCUUCGCCGCAUAUGCCCGGAUUUACGAGGGUAUACAUUGCCACCUGGGUACAGAACAACAGUCGACAGAUACCAAAUCGGAUGUUGUGAUUGGGAUCUAUCUUGCAAACCGGUCGCUUGAUAUCGACGGGAUCAUGGAACUACUUGCUCCGACAUUCAGCAUUGUUCCAUUGAGAAUCCGAUCUGGGGGGACCCUUCUUCAGUCAGCAUUACAGAUCCAGCAUGAUCUGGGCGAAAUCACGCGGCCAGAGAACUGCGGAGUGGAUAUGAGGGACAUUAAUACGUGGACGGGAGUCAAGCUGGACACAUUUGUCAAUUUCUUAUCCCUCCCAAGUGAUGAGGAUUCGUCAUCGUCUGGAGACCAAACGAGCAACGUUCGAAUCACCCAUGCGGAAACUUCGGGGAAGAAGGAUAAAUUUGAGGAGGUUGACGCGUCGUCGCCUUUUAUGGACGGCAUGGAGUGUGAUGCAGAUAGCACGACGUGGUGCUUGCCUGCUAUUGAUAUCGAGGCUAGAGUUGAAGACGGGUACCUAGACAUGGGUGUCUUUGCUCCAGAAGAUAUGCUUUCGGAGGACGAGGUCAGCAGGGUCAUGGAUGAGAUGAGGAGGUUGAUGCUAGACUUUUGUUAG